AUGACUACCAUGGACUCCAAAGCUCUACCCCAUCCCUACUACCCCCUCAAUGCUCAAAUCCAUGGUUAUGCUCCCAACGAGGCUUCCUUACUCAGUAUCCUCAGUACUGCUAGCGUGGGCGCGGCAGCUUUACUGGGAAUCAUUCUCACCCUGACCAGUAGACUCCGACCAACGCUAAAGAAUGCCGACCGUCUUGCUAUUCUGUGGUUUGCCCUCUCGGGUACGAUUCACUGCUUCUUCGAGGGUUAUUUUAUGAUCAACCAUGCUCGUAUGGCAUCCGCGCAGGACUUUUUCGGUCAGCUAUGGAAGGAAUAUGCCCUGUCGGAUUCGCGAUACAUGACCUCAGAUACCCUUGUCUUAUGUAUGGAGACUAUCACGGUCCUUCUUUGGGGCCCGCUCUGUUAUCUGGUCGCAUACUUGACCCUUUCUCAGCAUCCUCUGCGCCAUCCAUUGCAGAUCAUCGUGUGCAUGAGCCACCUCUAUGGCGAUGCUCUGUACUAUGCGACCAGCUUGUUCGAUCACUACGUUCAUGACCGACCGUACUGCCGCCCGGAGCCUUACUACUUUUGGGUGUACUAUUUCCUCAUGAAUUUCAUCUGGAUUGUGGUUCCAUUCUACUAUCUCUACCGGAGUAUCCGGACAAUAACAGAGGCUCUUAGAGCCGUGGAAAAUACUUCCAAACAGCGCAAGGACCGAUAG